GUUGAACAAGAGUGGGAUAAAAAUUUAUUCAGGUAUUAAAUAACUGAAGAAAAAUAUUAAAGAAGUAAAAAAUGUAAUAUUUGAUAUAUUUAAUAAGUAGAAACUAGUCCCUUUUUCUACAGAAAUGCCUACCAAAAUAUUUUUGGUUCUUCACAAUUUAUAGUAGAGUACUAUCGGAAAGUUAGAUACAGUUUUUCUUUUAAUAUGAGAGAUCCAAAAGUAUUAAUUCAUAACAUCUUAAAAAUAAUAAGAAAAAAUAAUGGAAAUGCAAAUUAAAGAAGAAUUAAUCGAUUACGAAGAAAAUAUUUUUUUGGGAAAUUUUGCCACCGUCAAAGUAGAAGAAUGUAGAGAAAAUUUGUUAUGUAUAAAAACCCUUUCGAAUAUAAAAUUCGAAUGUAACAAUGACUUAGAUUCAAUUUCAAAUGUAUUAAAUCAUAGUAUGGGAUUCCAAAACGGGAAAUAUUUUAGAAAUAAUUCAUCAACGAAACUAGACUCAAGCUUUCCUUUAAAAAAUGAAAUCUAUGAAGAGUCAAUAUUAAAUUUACCUGGCAGUAGCAAGGGGUAUCAACAACAAGACUAUAAAAUACCCUUAAACAGGAAAGGAAAAUAUACUUGCUCAAUUUGCAUUAAAAAUUUUACAUCAUCGAUAUUGAAGAGAAAACAUUUAGAUGUUCACUUUGGAAGAUGUUUUACUCUUUGUUCUGUAUGUGGUGCUAUGUUUGGAAAAACUUCCGAAUUUUUAAUUCACUACUUUAUUCAUCGUUUAAAACGACAAUUUACCAAUGGAUUAAAAUUGAAGAAGCCCCCAGUUACAAAAUUGUCCUAUGAUGUUCAAAAUUAUUUAAAGUUUUCAGAAAAUAGAUGCAAAAAAUUGACCAAGAAAUUGUUCAAAAAAGGAAAUUUCAAAUGUAAAAAUUGUUUCAGAGUAUUUUCAUACAGAUUACUUUUUCGAAAACACAAAUGUAUUUCUAAUAGAAAAAAUUCGAAUGAGUGCGACAUUUGUUUUAAAAACUGUCGUACCAAGUUCGGUUUGAGUAACCAUUUGAAAAUGCACAAAUUGGAUACGAUCAUUUGCAAUAUUUGCAGUAAACAGUUUCUUCGUAAUAAUUUUUAUAAACAUUAUCGUACACAUAUUGAACGUGAAUCUCAACUUGAUACCCAUAUGCAAUGUUACAAAACUUUUUUUAACCCCGUAACGAUUUGCUCAAUAGAACAACCAUCUAAAAAUUUUUCCUCAAAUAAUUAUCAAUGUAAUGUUUGUUUUAGAGAAUUUAUCAGUAAGACACAUUUAAGCACGCACAUGUAUGAUCACAUGGGCGUCAAGCCAUUUAUGUGUGAAUUUUGUUCAAAAGAAUUCGUUAGGAUUGAUUCAUUGAGGAACCAUCUUAAAAUGCAUACAAAUGAUAGAAAAUUCCAGUGCGAUAUUUGUCAAAGACGUUUUGUUAGGCGGAUAACUUUAGUCGAACAUUAUAGGAUACAUACUGGCGAAAAACCAUUUAAAUGUGAAGUAUGCUCUAAAACAUUCACACAAAAGUCUCAACUGAAAAGUCACGCCAAGACUCACGUACUAGAUAAACCGUUUACCUGCGAAAUAUGCUCAAAACAAUUUGUUAUACAAUUUCAACUUAAAAGGCAUUUGCUCAUACAUAACGUGAAAAAGCGAUUCGAAUGCGAGAUUUGUUUCAAACAAUUUAACGAAAAAAGAAAUCUGAAUGCGCACACGCUGCUCCAUACUGGAACCAAACCAUUUAAAUGUGAAGUAUGCUCCAAAGCGUUCACUUGGAAACAUAAUUUGAAUCGACACAUGAUGGUCCACGAAGAGGAUGCGUUCCAAUGUGAUAUUUGCCAAGAAAAAUUUUCUCGGUAUCACAUACUCCAAAAUCAUUACAGAUUACAUACAGGGGAAGUACCAUUCAAAUGUCAUAUUUGCUCUAAACAGUUUAAACAAAAAAUUAAUCUAACAACACAUAUGUUGAAUCAUCCUAAUGAAGAUUCCAUUACUAAAGUUGCUAUUUAACACUCCAGUACUCGCGUUUCCUAAUGUAGCAAAUGUAGUCGCCUGUCAUCUGUCAGAUGACUCUGUCUUUUUAUUGGAUAAUACAUACCGAAUACCAUUUAUGGUUUAAUAAAUUGGAAAUACUAAUGAAACAGACAUGCUAUUACGGAUAUUUAUAUUGUUUAAAACAAUUUUUAUAAUAAUGGAAUUACUUAAAUUAAAUAUUAAAACCAUG